ACCGAUCCCUCUCUGUCAGUUUCAAGUUGCGCCUUCUCUCCUGUGUGGCUCCCUGCUCCGGUCCUAACAGGCAUUACCUCUUAAAUAAAACCCCAAUACUGUGGAUUUUACUGGGAAAUCAGGACCCAAACACGGACAUGGAGUCAUUCCCGCCCUAUAGGAGUGGAUUAUAAGCACAGACGGUUCAAAGAAUGAAGAUGUCUGAGGCUGGGAGUUAGAGUCCCCCACCAGAGAGAGCGUGUUCCAGGGCUGGGGCUGGACCCAGAGACCCCUGCCUGGGGGGUGAAGGGGCCCUGACAGCCCUGUGUGAGUCUGGACCAUGGGGGAUGGAGGUGCCGGUGCAACUGGAGGAGAUGGGGUUAACCGGUCCCACGUUCUGUUCGACAAAUUUGUCCAGGCGACCACCUGCAAGGGCACGCUCAAGGCCUUCCAGGAGCUGUGUGACCACCUGGAAGUAAAGCCCACCGAUUCCAGGAUCUUCUAUCAUAAGCUCAAGUCCAAGCUCAACUACUGGAAGGCCAAGGCGCUCUGGGCAAAGUUAGACAAGAGGGCCAGCCAGAAGGAGUACAAGAAAGGGCGUGCCUGUGCCAACUCAAAGUGUCUGAUCAUUGGUGCGGGACCAUGUGGCUUACGUACAGCCAUCGAGCUGGCUUUCCUGGGGGCCAAAGUGGUGCUGCUGGAGAAGAGAGAUGCCUUCUCGAGGAACAAUGUGCUGCACCUCUGGCCCUUCACCAUCCAGGACCUCAGGGGCCUCGGGGCCAAGAAGUUUUAUGGGAAGUUCUGUGCGGGUGCAAUCGAUCAUAUCAGUAUCCGUCAGCUUCAGCUAAUGCUGCUCAAAAUGUCUCUCCUGCUGGGCAUUGAGAUCCAUGUCAACGUAGAGUUCAAGGGUCUUAUUGAGCCCCCGGAAGAUCAAGAGACUGAAAGGAUAGGUUGGAGGGCUGAGGUCCACCCCAGGACACACCCUGUCAACGAGCUGGAGUUUGAUGUCAUCAUUGGAGCAGACGGAAGGAGAAACACACUACCAGGGUUUCGGCGUAAGGAGUUCCGGGGCAAGCUUGCCAUUGCCAUCACCGCUAACUUCAUCAACAGGAACACAACAGCGGAGGCGAAGGUUGAGGAGAUCAGCGGGGUGGCGUUCAUCUUCAAUCAGAAGUUCUUUCAAGACCUCAGAGAAGCAACAGGUAUUGACCUGGAAAACAUUGUCUACUACAAGGAUGACACGCACUACUUUGUGAUGACUGCCAAAAAACAGAGUCUGCUGGAGAAAGGAGUUAUUCUGCAUGACUAUGCAGACACAGAGCUGCUACUGUCCAGGGCUAAUGUGGACCAGGCUGCCCUGCUGUCUUAUGCCCGUGAGGCUGCAGAUUUUUCCACCAACCACCAGCUGCCCACUCUGGACUUUGCCAUCAACCACUACGGCCAGCCAGACGUAGCCAUGUUCGACUUCACCUGCAUGUACGCUUCAGAGAACGCCGCCAUGGUGCGCCAACGCCAUGGUCACCAGCUUCUGGUGGCGCUCGUGGGUGACAGCUUGUUGGAGCCCUUCUGGCCCAUGGGCACUGGCAUCGCCCGAGGUUUCCUGGCAGCCAUGGACUCAGGCUGGAUGGUGAAGAGCUGGGCUCAGGGAAAAACCCCUCUUGAGGUGCUUGCUGAGAGGGAGAGUAUAUACCGUCUACUGCCCCAAACCACACCUGAAAACGUCAGCAAGAACUUCAGUCACUACAGCGUGGAUCCUACUACUCGUUACCCCAACAUUAGCCUUAACUUCCUCAAGCCCAGCCAGAUGAGGCACCUCUGUGACACAGGGGAGUCCAGGGAAAUGCGCAUUGAAAUUGAGAAUGUGAUCAACUCGUCAACACCCAAGUUGGCCAGGAAUGACAAUUGCCUGCUUGACAAGCAGUUGCAAGAAUCCAUAGCUCGAUCCAGUAAACUGCUAAACUGGUGCCAGAGACAAACGGAGGGAUACAGGAAUGUUAAUGUAACAGACCUUACUAUGUCUUGGAAGAGUGGUCUGGCCCUGUGCGCCCUCAUUGACCGAUACAGACCGGAUCUCAUUGACUUUGAUUCUCUGGACGAGCGAGACCAGGAGAAGAACAACCAGUUGGCUUUUGACGUGGCGGAGAGGGAAUUUGGCAUCUCGCCCUGCAUGACUGGCAAGGAGAUGUCUUCUGUGGUAGAGCCAGACAAACUCUCUAUGGUCAUGUACCUCAGCCAGUUCUAUGAGAUGUUUAAGGACACAGUGCCACCUGGAGAUAACCACAACUUGAGUCCUGAGGAGAAGGCAGCACUGAUAGCCAGCACCAAGUCUCCAAUCUCCUUCUUCAGCAAACUCGGUCAGAGCAUAGCAAUUUCCAGGAAACGAAAUCCAAAGGACAAAAAAGAGAAGGAUGUUGACGGUUUGGGGAAGAGAAGGAAAACCAGCCAGUCUGAAGAUGAGGAGGUAUCCAGGAGUGGCCGCGACGACAGGCCAUCUGUCCCAGCUAUCCUGUCGGAGAGAAAAAUGGACUCCUCCCCUGUGGGGAACCAUAACAAAGUCAAGGUCAUGGCCACCCAGCUGCUCGCCAAGUUUGAGGAGAACGCUCCAGCACAGCAUUCAGGACUCAAACGACAGGGGGAAUCUCUGCCCAAUCUGGACCGCCUUUUGCCCCCCUCCCCGCCCCAAACCCCUGUGAAUGAGCCAGUACGCCUGGCACCUGUCCCAGCAUGGAGAAAGGCCAGAAGUGGUGCAGACCAACAGUCCAGCUCGGGCUCUCGGAGCUGCCCAAAGAAAACCAUUCUGCUCCCUUCUUCCUCCUCCACUUCCUCGCUCUCUCUUCACUCAGAGCAUUUGCGUAAAAGUCCGGAGGAAGAAGAACUUGAAUACUACGAGAUGCCUUUGAAUUAUGGGGAGUGGAAGCCGCUGCACCUGACAGACCCAGGACCCAUUCACAUACCCGGUAUACAGGAGAGGGCUGAGCGCCUAAUCUCCAGGUUUAAAGGCAAACCUGACAGGCCACCAAAGCCUAAGAAAAAGCCGUCCCAUUUCUUUUUAGAGCAGUGGAACUUGUCCCGCGGCCUUACUGAGAGUCCUGGUUCACCACUAUCCUCUCCUGACUCUUCCAGAAAGGAGCCAGCAAGGCCUCCGCACUCUGAUGAACAGAUGCCGUUAUAUGUGCUUAGUAUUCAGGAGAGGGCUGAGCAACUUGCUUCUCAGUUUGAGGGCAAGCCAGCCGGACCACAGCCUGCGAAAAAGCCCUCACGUUUCUUUAUGGAACAAUGGAACCUGGCCCGAUCCCAGUCUCCCCCUGACUCUCCCCCCUCCUCCUCUGACACCUUGAGACAGCGCUAUGUAAGGAUGUACACAGGUGGAGUUAGCUCAUUGGCUGAGCAGAUAGCCAAUCAGCUUCAGUCUCAGGAAGAUCCUAAGCCCCCACCUGAAAAGAGGGAUUUGGGCUCCCUCAGAAAAGAGUUCCCCGUCAACAUCGGUGGCAGCGAUGUGUGCUUCUUCUGUCGGAAGCGUGUGUACGUGAUGGAGAGGCUGAGUGCAGAGGGGAAGUUCUUCCAUCGCAGCUGCUUCAAGUGCGACUACUGUGGCACCACGCUACGACUGUCCUCCUACGCCUUCGAUGUGGAGGAUGGGAAAUUUUACUGCAAGCCCCACUACUGUUACCGUCUGUCUGGCUAUGCUCAGAGAAAGAGGCCUGCUCCCUCCCCUGCUCCAAUCACUGCUAAGCUCUCUUCUUCUGUGUUUCUCUACCUUCCCUGCACAACUGCCUCCAACUCUCUUGUUCUGCCUCUGAUUUCCUGGUUCACACACAACUUCACCACAACCCAAAAAAAUACAACAUUACACCCUCAUUUAGCCAGGAACCUACAGAUCCAACAAGUCCUGCAGCCUGUGGAUCCCCAGGCCAUUCCAGGUUUGGUGAGAACACACCUGGACUCUGAGGGAGACAAGGAUGGUCAGGCGGCUACAGCCUCCCAACUCUCCCAACCCUCUGAGCUCACGCAGCCCUCCUCUACAGCCCCUGCCCACACAUCCACCCGACACGAGGCAGUGAGAGUCUGGUUGGAGUCCAUGUCUGGAGAACCUUGUGAGGAUGAGGAACUGGAAGCAGAAGCAGAUAGUCCAGAUAUGGAGCCUGGCACAGAGAUGGAUCAGGAUGACAUCCCUUCAGAUGCCGAAGCCGAGGCUCGGUUGCAUGAGCCAGAGCGCGCUGAAGUUCUUCCUGAGGAAGACAAGAAAUCAGAAAGUCUGAAAAUGACCUCCAGUACUGUGCCAUCCAGUGUCAGCCCCAUGCAGAGAGAAGAUGUUCUUUCUCCACUCAAACCAUCUCCAGAGCCUGAAACACAGAUAACUGUGGUGAAGUCUCCUGGCACCACCCGUUUUUUCCCAGAACCGUUCAUACCUGAGGAAACGAAGCCUGAGAGGACAACUCCAUCUCCUUCUCCAGCUGUCAAGAGCCCACCAUGCCCUUCACCUGUCCAAGUCCAGGAUCCUUCCUCUGUCCCUUCCCCUACUCUUCCUGCUGCUGCGUCUCCUGUCACUGUCCCUGCCUCACCGCCCCCUUGUUCAACCACCAAAUCGCCCAUCAGCUCUCCAGUCAAGCUAGCCACAGAGUCACCUGUUAGAUCACCCAUCAGAUCCCCUGUCAAGUCACCGGUUGGCUCCCCAAUCCGCUCUCAGCCCACCCCCCUACCAGAGACUUGCACACCUAUAACUCCUGUUUAUCCUCAGCGCUCUAUUUGCCCUCUCACGGGCAACCCCCUCUCCCCAAUCUGUGCUCAGCCCUUGCCCUGCCAGGAGCCCUCGUCACCCCUCACCUCCGACUCCCCUGUCAGAACUCAGCCUGUCCCCGGAGUCACUUCGACGCCCAUGACCAAAACAGACAAGGGCACACCUGAGCCGCCAAGGUCCAUAGAUUCCUCAACAGAGGAAACACCAUCUAAAAAGACAGAUAUCAUUGAGGAAUUUUGGUUAAAGAGUGCUGAGAUCAGGAAGAGCCUCGGUCUGACUCCUUUGGACCGCAGUAGUAAGAUCUUAGAGAAGAGUGUUGUUAAAGCUCCAGCGCAGGACUCCACGCCUGUCAAGACGCAGACUCCAGAUGUGCCUGAGGAACAGAAGCCUGCUUUUACAGGCCGCGCUGUCAUUCGCAGACUCAACAUCACUCUCGAGGGUCAGGUCAUUACGCCCAUUGCUCCUGCGGAGCCCAAGAGUAAUGGCUCUGAUAAGAGGGACCUCAGCAGCAGCUCUGGCUUGGGGUUGAAUGGGAGCAUGGCCACGAGCCAGACAGCAAACAGUGACAGCUACAACACUUCCGACUCCACCAUGCUCACCCCGCCCUCUAGCCCACCACCACCUGUGCCUGCUAAUCAGUCUCCAGCCGUGCUCCGGCAGCAGAGACACCAGGUGUCCUGGAGCAAUGGAGCGGAAAAAGCUCCACCUGAGCGUGCCAAAGAGCCAGCAAAAAUAAAGAGUCCUGUUCCUGCACCGAGGACCCAGCUGAGCCCUGUGUCUGCCCCCAAACCCGCACCUAGGAAAGUCUCCUCACCUCAGGCAGCUCCAGACACAACUCCAGUAGUUGUCAUGAGGGAGAAAAAGAAGAAGCCACGGCCGGAGGAGGUGAGGAAGUCGUUUGUGGAGACAGUGGAAGAGAUUCCGUUUGCUGAUGACGUCGAGGAGACCUACGAUGAGCGGACACCCGAAACGAGCAUGAACAAGUUCUAUACUCCACCCACCAGCAAGGCCAGCAGAGAAAGACCGCCCCUGCAUCUGGCUUUAGCAAUGGAAAAUGGUAAACCCAAUAUCCCUGUCAACCCAGCCUCUAAGACGCAAAGGGCUACUCAGUUUUCCCCAGAGGCCAAGGAGAUCGCUGAGGAGAGAAUACGGGCCAGAGAAAAGUCCGUCAAGAGCCAGGCUCUGAAAGACGCCAUGGCCAAGCAGCUAAACAAAAUGAAAGAAUCUGACAUCGACAAGGGUGCCUCACCUAAAGUGGCCUGGAGUGUAACUCCAGAGGCUGCUGGAAAAAGUAAAAAGUCUGCCGGAUCUCCGAAGACAUCAGCCGUGAAAGCUCUGGAGUCGAAGAAGGCGGAGACUUUACCUGAGCGUUUCUUCAGCAGCAACAAGAGUCUGGACAGCUCGGUGGCUUCGUCAGAUGGAUCCACGACGAGUAAGAGCAAGAAACGAAGUUCCCUCUUCUCGCCGCGCAAGAAUAAGAAGGAGAAGAAAGCCAAGAACGACAGCAGCAGGCUCUCCGGCACAGACGAGACACCUCCCAAACACAAGUCACUGUGGAAGGCCGUCUUCUCAGGGUACAAAAAGGACAAAAAGAAGAAGGAUGAUAAAUCAUGUCCGAGCACGCCAUCCUCGAGUUCCACCACUCAGGACUCUGGGAAGAAGAGAACGUCACCUCUUGGGAGAUCAUCAGACUUGAAAUCACGCAGAAACUUGAGCUUCUCUGAGGACUCAGACCUGUCCUGUGAUGAUGUUCUGGAAAGGUCCUCCCAGAAGUCGAAGGCAGAUCGGCACACGGACAUCUUUGACCUAGUGUCAGGCAUGCAGAAGGAAGCGAUAAAGGAGGAGAAACUGGAGAAGGAGAAAAGGAGGGAGUUAAAGGAAAGAAAGAGGGUGAAAGAGAGGCAUAAAGAAAGAGAGCUGGGAAAGAAGGUGGAUCGAGAAAAGGAGAAAGGCGAUGAGGAGUCUGUUUAUGUCCCUCACGCACUGGCGUUCAAGAGAUCGUACGCCACAAAGAAAACCUACACAGAAGAAGAGCUGAAUGCCAAACUGACACGACGGGUCCAGAAAGCUGCACGACGACAAGCCAAGCAGGAGGAACUCAAGAGGCUGCACAGAGCCCAGAUCAUCCAGAGACAGUUGGAGCAGGUGGAGGAGAAGCAGAGGCAGCUGGAGGAGAGAGGCGUAGCUGUGGAGAAAGCGUUGAGAGGAGAAGCAGGAUUGUAUAAAGGUACUUAUACAUUACCCAAACAGCACAAAAGAAGAUCAGACUAUUGGGGAGAUUCUAAUUACAGUGAAAUCCUGGACUUGCAUCUGGGCGUUGAGCCCUUUGUGGGGAUGCCACGCCGAAGACCUCUCUCCUUCUGCCCCUGCUGUUCCCCCGAAGGCAUGGGCAAGAAGGACGAUCCCAAGCUAAUGCAAGAAUGGUUCAAGCUGGUGCAGGAGAAAAAUGCCUUGGUCCGCUAUGAGUCAGAACUCAUGAUAUUUGCCAGAGAGCUGGAGCUGGAGGACCGACAGAGCCGACUGCAGCAGGAACUCAGGGAGCGAAUGGCUGUGGAAGACCACCUGAAGACAGAAAAGGAGCUUUGCUUCAAGAGACAGAUCCUGAAUGAGAAUGGUUGGGUGAGGUGGGAGCAGCGCGAUUCCUGGUGGCGCCUCCUGGUAGGAGGCAGAGGGCUUCGGGAGAAAGAGGAGGACAAGGAACCUGGAGGAAGUCAGAUGCAUCUCCAAAGGGGUUGCAACCUCAACUGGGCUUUAAGGGAGAUCGCCUUGGGGAAAAAGACUGUUGAUAGGCGGUCUCUGCUUCCGCAUUGA